UCGGAAUGCCGAAGAUAUCAGUCGAGAAUAUUGCGAAGAUUCCGAAGACAGGAGAAAGUUUUGUUGUGGCUCUGACGCACAAGGUGGAUAACUAAGAGAUAAAAAAAUUCGUUCUUCUCCAUUGUGGACUAGUCUGUUCUUUGAAUAAAAUGGGCUCCAUCGUCUGUACAGCUGCAACGUGCGCAUGUUGCUGCUGCCCAACAGUUGCUAGCUGUUGUUGUGCAUGUUGUCCAUCAUGUCGCAGCUCAACUUCCACCAGGAUUGUAUACACACUAUUUCUUCUCAUUGGGACAAUUUUGUCCAGUGUGAUGUUAUCCUCAGGAAUACAAGAUACCAUGGUAGAGAAGGUUCCAUUCUUUAAUGAAGCCUGUGAAGCAGCAACUUUAGGAACAAACUGUGAUGUGUUGGUUGGUUACUUGGCAGUUUACAGGAUUUGUUUUGGAAUGGCAGCCUUCUUCUUUCUUUUCAUGAUUCUUAACAUUGGGGUUGGCUCCAGUAAGGACUGUCGAGGUGAACUGAACAAUGGGUUCUGGGGCCUUAAGUUUAUUCUUCUCAUAACUUUGUGGGUGGCUGCUUUUUUUAUUCCCAGAGGAAGCUUUGGAGUCGGUGAGCAAGACCGGCUGUUUUUCUUCAUGUUCCUGUUUUAUGCUUUGGCACUGACUGGAUUUAUCCUCUCAUUUGUCUUUUUCACGCAG